AAUUAUUAUAUUGCUUCCAAAAAAUGUUAUUGAUAAAAUUAAUAAUAAUAUUAUCAACGUGCAUAAACUUUUUAAAAUCAUAUUGUCAUAUGUCAUAACUUGUUUUCUAAACUGUUUUUGAAGAUGUAGAUCUUCUUUGUAGAAAGGCUUCAAAUUAAUUAUUGCCAUUUGUUACUAUUAUGUAUUGUUUAAAAUAAAAUGAAAUAAGAUAAAAAUAGAAAUAGUUCAAUUAAAAUACACUUCACAUAAACAUCAAUUGCACACACGAUACAUGUAAAUACAACUAUUUUUCAAAAGCCAGAGUAGUAGAAUUGGGGAUUUUUUUGGUCUAAAAAUUGGACAUAAAGUUUAGCUGUGUCUUUAUCAGAUGUAAAGAUACUCAUUGAACAUUAAUUUCUUUUGUUUCUUCUUUAUGAGUUAUUAAUGAGUUUUGGAACACCAUCUCUAAUCCUCAAGGGCAUUGAUAAUUUUCAUGGAAAGUACUUUGAAUCUGCUUCUGUCCUGAGACCUUUUAGUUACUGGACCCUUCUUAUUGAUUAUUAGUUGAUCACGAUUUGAACAGCAGUUUUUGCAAAGAAAGUUCAUUUAUUAUAUAAACACCAAUGAAAUACCAAGUGAGCUUUCGCGUGAAAACUUGUUAUCUUCACAUGUGAAAAUAACAUGUUAUCUCCACGUGAAAAUAUUACCAUUGCUAUGGCUUCAUAAUAAACUGCACCUUUCAGACCAAAAAACUUUUUAAGUAAAAUGGUUUGGCAUUUCAUUGGUGUUUAUAUAAUAAAUAGAAUAUUACAUGGUCGCUUGGAGAUACGAAAUUUCUCUUCUCGUGUUGAAAAAAAUAUUUCACUCGUUCGCUGCGCUCACUCAUGAAAUAUUUUUCAACACUCAAAGAGAAAAAUUUCGUAUCUCUGCGCGGCCAUGUAAUAUCCUUUAUAUUCGGUACGUUAUUAAUUUUUUAUGUUUGUCAUUAGCAUUAGUUACUAACUAAAGUUAGAUACAUACAGCUAUUCUCCUUAACACGUACUUCCCUACCUAGUGGUUGUAUUCGAUGCCAGAUGACAUCAGAGCAUUGAGAGAGGAUUGAUGCGAUAUAAAUGGUAUAGAACUUUCAAGAGUUGUUCAAGUGGAUGCGACUCAAGUUCAGCUCCUGCUGUUUCCAUAGUGCUUAUUUGCGACAGAACCAAAAGAAACAUUGUCUAUUGUCUGACACUUAAUUUAAUUUAGUACACUUGUGAAGUUCUUAAUCAAGGCUUCAAUUUUAUGAUUCUACUUGAUUUUUUAUCAUUCAACCUGCUUGUUUUAUAGCUUAUUGUAGUUUUCAUUUUCUUUAGCAUCCCCAAACUGCUAUCAGUUCUUUAUGAUUGCCAGAAAACAAUAAAAUUACAGUCUCCCCAAAGCUGCCUUAACAGCUUACCCCCUCGACCAAUAGAAAAGACACUGCUGACAGUCUAUAGUGUCUUAGAAACUUUCAUCUUAAUUUAUUUAAUUUUACAUUUGUAUGUCCAACCUCUAUUCUGUGAGCAGGCUCUCCAAGGGAGCAAGCAAAGUGAGCCAUAUGAGAACUCACAUGACUUCUCACGAUAUACCCUAGGCCCCAUAGUUAUUCAAAAGAUGGAUAACAAUGCAUGCACGGGAUAAGUCUCUAGACCAGGGGAUAGUGCAAUAAUUAUUGGUUUCCCUAAUACUUAUCUGCUGGAUAGUGAUUUAUCUGGGGCAUAGCUCUAUUCAUUGUUUGAAAAACUGAAGCCAGGUGAAGACCUUGCUCACAUGCUAUGUAGCCUCCAGUGCCAUGCUGAUUUUAGAGCAACAAGGAAACGAUUUUAGAGUGGUUCUGUACAUGUAGGCCUGGGUAUAAUUGUCGGCUAAACCAAUGCUUUGAGGGUCUGAGACUGUAACGACUAAUAACUUAUUUUAAGUGUGGACAUACAUGUCAUAUUUUAUUGAUUAUAAGACAAAUUGUAGUUAGGUGUCCCCAAUUAGUGUACAUUGUAUGCUAGCGACCUUGACGCUGUAAUAAAGUUCUCACUUACUUACUUAAGGAAACUGAGAAGAAAGUGCUGACUUUUCUCUGACCUUUACAAAUUAAUGGUUACACUUUCCAGUCUUCAGGUGAAUAACGGUGGCCAAGUCUCAGUCCUUUCACUUGAACUGACUCUGUGGCAAAUUUCUAGCUAGUGUCUCUCAGUUCAAAAUCUUAUUACCCUCCAUUAGAGUUCUUAAUUAUUCCAAAAUGAAUACUGUUUUCUUAAUUGAGACAAUGAUCGCUAAGUCAAACCUGGAGACCCACAACAUGAAAUGGAGCAAACAUAAAUCUGAUUAGCAUACGAAAAUAAAACGGGAGAAAACCUAUCUUUGUUGCACCGAGUUGGGGAGAGGGUGGGGGUGCCUGGUUCUCCAAAUCCUGACCCUAUCUCAGACCAAAACAUGUAAUUUUCCAAACCCGUUUUCAGACCACAGCUCUAAAAUCCACACCCGUUUUCAGACCUGGCCUUUAAGCAGAAAUUAUGCUUUCAAUACUUAGAUUAGAGUGCAAACAAAAUUAUUCUUCAAAUUUAUUUCGAAUUCGCAUAUUUCUCUUUCUUACUUACUCAUUUGGAAUUAAAACGAUAAAUACCGGCUCCUGUAAAUACCUUCAUGCACUCCCGUAGUUCCCCUCGAAAACCAUACCCGAUUCCAGACCAAAUUGGGCAAAGUGUAUACCCCUUUUCAGACCAAAACGGCGGAAAAACCCUACCCGUACCCGAUGGAGCAGCACAUACCUAUAUAGCUUAUAUAAAGGAGUACCCCCCGGGGAAAAUUUCUAGUCAGGUUGAAAGAAAAUAUGGCCUGCCACGGUUUAAUACCCGGUAAAAGCCAAUCCAUAGGAUCGAAAAGGAAACUGAAGAACGUCUCCUAUCUUCCUCCCCCUCCGAAAAGUUUGGCCCGAUCUCGAAACCUCGGACGCGUUUGUGAUAAGUCUCGGGUGAUUUUACUUCUCGGAACUGAGUCUCGAAAUUUCUAAUGUCUCUGUCUCGAAUUUUCUCGCAAAGUCUCGAAUUUACCCCUCAUAUAUUUUGUUGAUAUAUUUUUUUUCUUUUCCUUUUUUAUGGUCCACACCGGGGGGGGGGGGUACUUUUCCCCUCAUAUAUUUUGUUGAUAUAUUUUUUUUCUUUUCCUUUUUUAUGGUCCACACCGGGGGGGGGGUACUUUAGGAAUUUCUGGGUGGGGAUGUGCCGCUUGGACCCUGGAAACCUUAACCUAUACCAGAGCUACAGUUCAGCUGAAUUUUGCUACCCUGUACUAGAGUUAACUCCCCAAGUCCCCCUCCCCCCCCCCCAUCCUAGAGUAGCUGUUUUCUAGAAACUACUGAGGCUACUAGCACAGUCUAGCCAAAACAAAACCUAAUACCAAAAUCCCUAGUCUAGAUAAAAUCUUCAACCAACUGAUCAGUUUCCUGAAAAAUGAUACCCUAUUCUAGACCCAAACGCUCUGAAACCAUACCCUUCACAGCGGCACAUACCUAUAUAGCCCACAUAUGGCAGUACCCCCCACCCCCGGGGGUCCACAGUCUCUUUCCAGUCCUUACUCCGUGAGAACUGGCAGGGUAGAGAACCAGCGCUUGCCUUCGUCGGCAUGCUUCCAUGUAGGUCUCUUCUUUAAGAUGAUGAGUAGACACACUGAAUUCUGCAAAGCUGAUCGUACUACGUCAACACGACACCGAAAGAACCAAAAACAGAGCUCUGUUUUUGGUUCUUUCGGUGUCGUGUUGAUGUCUUGCAAAUUAAUUUUCACGUAGUACGAUCAGCUUUGCAGAAUUCAGUGUGUCGGGUGUUUUAUAGAUCCUGCGUUUGCGGCAUAUUCGUUUGCGGUCCUUUGCAGUUUUAAGGUCAAUUUUUUUUUUAAGUAACAAUAAAGAAACCCAUAGAAAUUUUACAUUUUGGCAGAAUUUAUCUAGCCUGCGUCGAAGGUGUUGUUUUCAAAGGGGAGAAUUAUUGCAUUCUGUGCGCUUUUUCUGCCCACCCUCCUACGUGGGCUAGAAGUUGUUUCAAGCUUUUCUCUUUUAUUAGCUGUAACAAAAGCUCAUACCCAUCUAAUUACGAGAUUUUCAAUUUACAUUCUUCGGCUUCUUAAUUUUGUAAGAAAUAAAAUAAACCUUAGAACGUCUCUACAUCUCUUUCGCCCGGGUACAUAUAAAGAAACUGCAGAAAGAGAUUACGCGUUUUUCAGCGGUCCAUUGACAAGUGAUCAAGUCGCUUAUCAAAUGACGCGACAGGUAAUAAAGUUACAUAUCAACUCACAGCCCAUUGUGUACUGACAGGUAUUGUCUAGGAUAUCUUCUCUGGGUCACCAGCCGAUUAUCCACCUGUCAAAGCCAGCAAUCUCAUGUCCAUCUUUCAUGGCUAUGACAUUUUCACCGGAAACGAAGGACAUAUCGGCAGCUCCUCCUGCUUAUAA